ACUGACGAGGAGUCACUUGACGCCGACGCCUGUUUGGAGCCAGAGAAGUUUGUACCGGGAAGAGGGAGACCGAGCCGGGGACAUCUCGGCUGUAUCCGCGGCGUUCCUCACCCCACCCAGCAAGGUGGGAGGUCGGCGACUCGCCGCCAUGCUGUCCCUGGACGAGCCCCUGGACCUCAAGCUCCCUCGGCGGGCCAGUGGGCGGGACAGAGGGGCACGCUCGCCCCCCCUCUCCCCACUAUACCCCAAGCGAGCUCGCCAACUCCGCAUGGCCGACGAUGGGACUGCAGUCAUAGAGCCGGCCUCGCCAGCCUCUCCACACUCAGGUGUGCAGGUGGUCCCUCACGACCGAACAGACACCCCCACCCCCCCGGCGGUGGACCUGAGCAUGUCUCCCUGCUCCCGCCACACCCCCAGCUCGCCAGAGAUGACCAACGGCAACUACGUCCCCUCAGGGAAUUCUCACAUCUCACAGGCCUUUCAGUUUUUCGUGCCAAUCGGAGCCGGGGCGGGACUUCACCUGCCGUCCUCCAUGUUCAUUGGCCAGACGAGUGACAAGCGGGCGUCUCCUGACCUGUCAGCGGAUGAACAGCUGGCCUGCCACUGGAGGAAGUGCCACCUGCUCUUUGACUCCCUACAAGACCUGGUGGACCACGUCAACGACUUCCAUGUGAAGCCUGAGAAGGAUUCUGGGUACUGCUGCCACUGGGAGGGCUGCGCUCGCAAAGGCCGGGGGUUCAAUGCCAGGUACAAGAUGCUCAUCCACAUCCGGACUCACACCAACGAGAAGCCGCACCGCUGCCCCACCUGCAACAAGAGCUUCUCACGUCUGGAGAACCUGAAGAUACACAACCGCUCACACACAGGUGAGAAGCCCUACAUUUGUCCGUAUGAAGGCUGCAACAAGCGUUACUCCAACUCCAGCGAUCGCUUCAAACACACACGCACACACUACGUGGACAAGCCGUACUACUGCAAGAUGCUGGGCUGCCUGAAGCGCUACACGGACCCCAGCUCCCUGCGCAAGCACAUCAAAGCCCACGGCCACUUUGUGGCUCAGGAGCAGGGCUCCCCCGGGGGGGUGGGCUCCCUGCUGAGGGGCAGUCACAGUGGGGGGCUCGGGAGUGGAGGGGGGAAGGAUUCAGAGCUGUCCUACAUGAGCGGAGCCCACAUCAUCAUCCCGGGGGCGGCGGCUGCUCUCCUGGGGGGCCACACUCUGCAGGGCCUGAGUGGCUCCGGACCCCUGUCUCCUCUCAGUCCUCGUCCCCUGGACCUCAGCUCGCUGGGCGGCCCCUCCUCCCCCCCCGGCGGCCUGGGAGGCUCGUCCAUCCUGUCCUUCCACGGCUCGCCGCUGGGACUGGCCAAGUCCCCGCUGCUCUCCGCGGCCUUCUCCUCCUCGGCCCUGGGCCUGCAGAUGAUGCCCAUGCUCGGGGGGGCGCCCGAGCGGAGGGGCCAGAGUCAGCAGUUCAAGAGGAGCCAGGGGGGGGGGCCCGAGGACGUGGUGACUGGAGGCAUCCUGAACCUCUCCACAGGGGGGUCUCAUGAUCCGCUGUCCUGGGUGGUCAUCCCUCCAGGCACCGUGGUGCUCAAGCCAGCUGUGGUCAACUGA